AAUUUUUCUCAGUAAGUGUGUAAUAUUGUUUUGCUAAUCACCUACAUAUUUAAUCACGUGUUUAAGGUAAAUUGAAGAUUAGAAGCCUAAUUAAGCUCUGUUAACUUUUCUCAGGUAUUCUUAAGCAGGUUAAAGAUUACAUUAAAGAAUGCAGCAAGUGCCAGGAAAAGCUAGAUCGCUCUAGAUCUCUGUCAGAUCCUUCUGAAAUGCUGGAGGAGCUAGGACUGGAUACAAAAUCUCAUGAAGACGGUAAUGAAACGGAUGAUGAAUUGAGUAAUAUGGCAUCAAUUCCAGCUGCGUCCCCAAAGCCUGUGAAGAAGAAGCCAAUAGCAAAGCAUGAGCUUGUAUUUGUUGACAGUAAGGGCCUUGUGAAGCAGUCAUCUUCCAAACAUUGUCUGUCAGUCUUAAACCAACUGAAUCAGCAGAGGCUUUCCAAUCAGUUCUGUGAUGUGACUCUGCUGAUUGAAGGAGAGGAGUACAAAGCUCACAAAUCUGUCUUGGCAGCCAACAGCGAGUACUUCCGAGAGCUCUUCAUUGAAAAGGGAGCUGUCUCUAGUCAUGAAGCUGUAGUGGAUCUGUCAGGGUUCUGCAAGUCCAGUUUCUUGCCUCUAUUGGAAUUUGCUUAUACUUCAGAAUUAACUUUUGACUUCUGUAGUAUGGCAGAAGUGGCCAUGCUUGCCCGGCAUCUCUUCAUGUCAGAGGUCAUCGAAAUCUGUGAAAAUGUGCACAAACAGAUGGAAGAGAAACAAAUUACAGUGUACCAAAAGGGAGACGUUCAAACAGUAGAGUCAACGCAAAAUUUAGCAGAGCAGCAGGCUGAAGGUGAGAUGCAGCCUGUGGACGGUGCUGAGCAACCUGAGCUCGCAGCCAGUGAAGUGCCAGCUGUGAAUGGAGCUCCUUCCUCUGCUGGGACGGAGGAGGCAGCAGCACCCCAGCCUGACCUCCUGCCCCCAGAGCCUGUGGAGGCCACUCCGGAUGAUAUUUCAAAGCCUGUAGAGCAAUGUGAAACAACUGAAAAUUACAUAAAGAUGCAGCUGCUGGAGAGCAUUUCAAAUAGUGCUGUGUCUGUCAUAGAGGCUGAGCCAUCGGCUGUGGAAGCCAUGGACACGCAAAGUCAAAUGGAAACGGAGACAGAUCAAAAUGAAAGCGGUAAAGCAAAUGCGGACACUGCUUCCGAAGACUCCUCAGAAACACUCAAGCAAAAACGUGGCAGGCCAAGUAAAGAGCAGAGCAUUGCCGUUUCUCAACCGGAAAGCCUAGCUUCCAGCCAAGAUGAUACUUACAAAAGCAAGCUUCGCCAGCGUUCUGUUAGUGAAGGGGGAUAUAUCAGAUUGCAUAAAGGAAUUGAAAAAAAACUUCAAAACAGAAAGACAAAUCCUAAAUCUGCAAUACAGCAGGUUGCCAUGAAGCUGGUACAAAGAGGGAAAAAAAUGAAACAGCCUAAAAGAGAGACCAUGGAGAAUAAUGAAGUAGAAGCUCAGCACAAAUGCACUGAGUGUGGAAUGGUGUUCCAGCGGCGCUAUGCACUUAUAAUGCACACACUGAAACAUGAAAGAUGUAAAGAUUAUAAAUGCCCAUUGUGUAAAAAAGAAUUCCAGUAUGGUGCCUCCCUGCGAGCCCAUCUUGUCCGGCACACUCGGAAGACGGAAGUGAACACUGCAGCUGCUAGUGUAGAAGAGACAGGCGUGUCUUCGGUGAAAGGGAGAACUAAACGGGAAUUUAUAUGCGAUAUAUGUGGGAGAACUCUACCUAAGCUCUAUUCACUCAGAAUACAUAUGCUCAAACAUACAGGCGUAAAACCACAUGCAUGCAAGGUUUGUGGAAAGACCUUUACGUAUAAGCAUGGAUUAAAAAUGCACUUAGCUCUCCAUGAAGUACAGAAACAGUUCAAGUGUGACUUGUGUGAAAAGUCUUUUGUCACAAAAAGAAGUCUCCAGGAACACAUGAGCAUUCAUACAGGAGAAUCCAAGUAUCUCUGCUCCAUCUGUGGAAGAUCUUUCCACAGGGCAUCAGGACUCAGUAAACACAUAAAGAAACACCAGCCAAAGCCUGAAGUUCGUGGAUAUCAGUGUACUCAGUGUGAAAAGAGUUUCUAUGAAGCUCGAGAUCUUCGGCAGCAUAUGAAUAAACAUUUAGGUGUGAAGCCAUUUCAGUGUCAGUUCUGUGGAAAAUGUUACAGUUGGAAGAAGGACUGGUAUUCUCACGUAAAGUCUCAUUCUGUCACAGACCCUUAUAGGUGUAAUAUCUGCGGUAAAGAAUUUUAUGAGAAAGCGUUGUACAGAAGACAUGUAAAGAAAGCCACACAUGGUAAAAAAGGAAGAGCAAAACAGAAUUUGGAACGAGUUUGUGAGCAUUGUGGAAGAAAAUUCACACAACUCCGGGAAUACAGGAGACACAUGAACAAUCACGAAGGUGUGAAGCCAUUCGAAUGUCUAACUUGCGGCGUAGCCUGGGCUGAUGCACGUUCACUGAAGCGUCACGUGAGGACGCACACUGGGGAACGACCGUACGUCUGUCCGGUGUGCAACGAAGCUUACAUAGAUGCCCGGACGCUACGGAAGCACAUGACCAAGUUUCAUAGGGACUACGUACCCUGCAAAAUUAUGCUGGAAAAAGAUACCCUUCAGUUUCAUAACCAGGGGACGCAGGUGGAGCAUGCCAUCAGCAUCUUAGCAGCAGACGUGCAGGAACAAGAAACGGAGAUUAGCGUUGGUGGCGGCGAGAUUGAGACUGUGGUAGUGACAGGAGAGACGCUUGAAGCCAUCGAAGCAGUAGCAGCUACCGAGGAAUGUACGUCGGUCUCUACUCUUUCUGACCAAAGCAUCAUGCAGGUGGUAAAUUACGUAUUGGCGCAACAGCAAGGACAGAAAAUGGCUGAAGUGACGCAGGCCAUUGAAACUGUAGAAGUAGAAGUGGCCCACGUUACAAAGACAGACUGAAUGCAGAGCAUAUGAGAGAGCAAGAAGGGUGAGGUCUUGCGAUCUGCCAGAGCUAAGUAUUUAACUGGCUAUCUGAGGCUUACAGCGAUACCUAUUUUCAAACAGUUAAUCCCCAGUACUAAAUGCCUUGGUGUCGAAAUACUGCACCAUGCAUUAUGGGGAAAAAGUUAAGAUGGUUCAGCGUGGGCCAAGGCUUCGAAGGCUAAGAAUUCUGCACUGGCCGUAACUGUAAAAAAAAAAACAAAAACAAACCCACAAUGUUGGAAUAGUAAUGUUUUCUGUAUCAUGGAGUAAGUAUCAUGCUGUAACUUCUAAAAAACAAAAAG